AUGACCUCCCCGCACUCCUUCCCGUUCUCCAACCCCGCCAUGCCGGGCGACGCCGUCUCCGUCCUCGUCCUCGUCGAGGACUCCGGCCAGAUGGCGGCCAAGUGGCCCGACGUUCGAGACUCGUACCUGCCUAUUCUGCUCGAGAACCUACGCACGGCCGACCCAUCAGUCCAGAUCGAAGUGCGGUGGCUCACCACCUCCUCGCCUUCGCUAGUAGCCACACACUUCAUCCAGGAUGCCGCUGAAUGCCGUAACCUCCCGGACCUCCCCCUCGGACAAGGCCCCAACACCAAAAUCUCCCCCAUGGUCAUUCACAACGCAAUAAAGAUCCUCUCGGCGUCACUCAGAGGCCAAAGUGCCACUCGGCACUUCAUUCUUGUUGCAGCCACCGGUCCGCCUACUUCCAGCCCGAUGAACGAAGCCACGCCUUCUGGAUUCGACCCGUGGGACGACAUUGCCCUCGUCCUCAAGCAGGAGUACAUUCGACUCCAUGUCAUCCUCAAUAUCGGCGCCGAGAUGCGGACCUAUCACGAGCUCUUCAAGAGAUCGCUUCAGCUCCAGAGUAACUCAGAAGUUCCUGCGUGGUUCUCAUCGGACUCCCGGAAGUACUCGAUCCGUCUCUCCGGCAGACCGCAAUAUGUACGCAGUUCCGUGGCCGCGCCUAUCCCGCUAAUACCAGCAGGCAUCCAACAAGGUCGCUAUGGGAACCCCAGUCCUCCCCUCCCGCCAUCGACGAAAUCCGCUUCGCCGAGUACACCUCCAACGCAGGACUCAUCUCCUCCAGCGAGUUCGCCGCCCCAUCGGAAGGCAGCCACGUCUCCGAGUGCACCCCGGAACCGAGGACGCGGUUCCGAAACCUCCAACUCGCCUCCCGAAUCCGGCGGGGGUGGCCUCGUUUCGUACCUGCAGCAGAUGCACGGGCUCACAAAGAAGAAGAGCUACGGUGUGAAGGCCCCGAAGAAGACAUAUUCGGACAUCCACCUGCCCAUGGCCGGGCGCCCGAUCCUGCCGCGCCUGGAGGUGCCUCAGUCUGACAUCUACAGCUACCCGUCGUUCGACAACACGCACGGCCCAGAACCGCGAGUGCUCGUUUCCGACUCGCAGUCGCCGCCUAGCAGACGUCACUCGGACGACCAGCUGCCGCCGACGUCGCUUGUGACGCGCACGGGUAAUGACGACCGGCGCGCGCGUCGCUGGGGGCCUUGGCUACCAAUCGCACCGCUCGCGUCGUCCACGCCGUCGUCGCCGACCUCGGUGACGUCGCCGGGCACACUUGCUGCUCUGCAGAGCCUCGCGUCGAUGACGCCGCGCUUGCCAGACUUCGCGACCAAGGGCCGCGGGCAGCCCCCCUCGGCCAUGUCGGCAGAGGCACAAGACCUCUACGCGUCGUAUGGACCGGGCUCCGUGGAGACGAAUCAGUCCUACUCGGUGCAUCCUGCCAUGGCGUCGCGUCUUGCGGACAGUCAUGCGCCAUACCCGGCGUCGCCGCCCCAGGAUCCGCAGCUGAACGCCUCGCCGACGUACUUUUACUCACGUGUGCCCGGGGGUGCUCCACAAUGGUCCCAGCAGGGCUCCGUCGGCGCCUCGCCCGCGUCGUCCGCCUCGGCCCCCAGCCCGAGCCACACGUCCGCGUCGGGCUUCAGCGACACCUCGCGCCAGUACAGCGACUUCGGGUACGGGAGCUCGCCGCCCACGAGCGCGGCCGUGACCCCCAUCUCGGUGACCGCACCCGCGACCGCGCGCAUGGCGGACAACUCGGAGGACCAGCCGUUCAUUAUCACGCCCGAGAUCGUCGCGAAGUCAGACGCGGACAUGGAGGAGGUGCUCCGCUCCGGGGCGCUCCAGGCGAACAUGACGCCCGGAAUGUGCGGCGGUGUCGGGGUGCAGCAGCAACACCCCAGCCCGAUGUUCGCGUCGAGCGAGUCGCUAUCGUCACCCGACCAAUACUACUACCCUGCGCUCGCAUCGCCGCAGAGCCACGCCGUGCACCAGCAGGAUGGCGGCUACCCCGUGUACCACCACCAACACCACCCUCACGACGUCGCACACAUGAACGCUGAGCUGUCGCACGCCGACGGCGGCCAGUGGCAAUACGGCGGCGGGCAAAACGGGUACAUGCCCCCCGUCCAAGACUACAUCCCGAACGGACACUGGUACCCCUCAUGAAGAUGAUACCCCGCAAGCCACCCCACUCGUUUCCCCCUUGUCGUUAUGCUUUCCGGUCCUCUCGCGGUGCUCUGUAUAACGUGUCCCUCUCUUGGUUUUUGGUGUUGGUGUUAUUGUAUGUGCUCUCCUCCCCCUUGCGUAUCUCCUCCUCUCGGUCUCUAGGUAUAGGUGCUCGAACGAUGGGUCGGUCACGGUACGACACGCCCCCGACGCUCCCGCACCUCUCUUUGCAUGUAUACCCGCGGUAGAUAUCUACCCUAUUUCGCAUCUAGCUGUACACCUCUCUCGGGCGUCGGGGCUGUAGUAUGGUACGGGGACUUUGCCGGCUGCUGUAAGCUAUGUAGCAUAACACUUCCUUUCUUGCGCGACCCUUGCGUGCUCGGUGUGGCCGCACCACCACCCCGGACGCCGGCAUUUGGGUUUGCACACACGCCUGUCCCAGCACGAGAGCCGAUCGGGAGGAUCGCCCGCACGCGGCAACGGGCCCUGGGACGCGCUGUCUGGGAAGGCGCGGAACGCGGCCGUCCUCGCGGCGCGUCCUGCCCAUGCACGCCAGCGCGCGCAC